CAGCGCACAGCGACAGACCGCAACUGCCCGACCGCACUCCUCUUCCACCUCCCGCCCACGCCCAGAUCUCCGCGAGCUUCGAGAGAGCAGCCUCUCCGCCACUCGAGGAGAGACAUGGCGGCCUUCACCAAGCUCGAGGACUCCCCCAUGUUCCGCAAGCAGGUCAAUUCUUUGGAACAACUUACGGAUGAACUGAAACAGCGUUGCUCAAAUCUUCAUAAAGGAUGUAAAAGAUUCAUGGGAUCACUUGAUGAAGGGUAUGCAGGAGAUCUGUUAUUUGCUGACGCCCUAGAAGCAUUUGGUGCUGGUCGAGAUGACCCUGUUAGUGUUGCCAUUGGAGGGCCUGUUAUGUCCAAGUUCACUACUGCUUUUAGGGAGCUUGGAACAUACAAGGAACUUCUUCGUUCUCAGGUCGAGCAUAUGCUUAGUGAACGUUUAAUGCAAUUCGUCAAUGCGGAUCUGCAUGAUGCAAAGGAUUGUCGACAACGUUUGGAUAGGGCUACUAUUGGUUAUGACCAGGCCCGUGAAAAAUUUGUGUCAGUGCGGAAAGGGACUAGAGCAGAAGUAGUGACGGGACUUGAAGAGGAUCUACAAAAUAGCAAGUCAGCUUUCGAAAGAUCCCGCUUUAACUUAGUUCAUGCCCUUGCAAACAUUGAAGCAAAGAAGAAGUAUGAGUUCUUGGAAUCAAUAAGUGCGGUGAUGGAUGCCCAUUUAAGAUAUUUUAAGCAGGGAUAUGAGCUACUCAGUCAAAUGGAACCAUUUAUUCACCAGGUUCUAACAUAUGCGCAACAAUCAAAAGAAAUGGCUAUGAACGAGCAAGAUAAACUAGCAAAGAGAAUUCAAGAGUUUAGAACUCAAGAAGAAAUAGCAAACUUGAGAAUGGCUAGUAAUGUAAACACAUCCACUAGUGGUGAUGGUAUCCAUGUUGUUGGUCUUCAGUCCAAUAAACAGAUUGAAGCCUUGAUGCAGUCAACUGCCAAUGGCCAGGUUCAAAUAAUUAAACAAGGCUAUCUCUUUAAGCGAUCUGAAAAUUUGAGAGGAGAAUGGAAGAGGAGGUAUUUUGUCCUUGACAGUCACGGAACUCUGUACUACUACGGGAAUAAGGGAAACAAACAAUCGCAAGGGGAACAAACAACUGGGGAAGGGACCGGUGUUUUUAGUCGCUUCAGGUUCUUAAAUCCAAAAGCUUCAACUCCGAGUGAUGAUUCUCUUUCAUGCCAUACAAUUAAUCUCAAAACUUCAACAAUUAAGAUGGAUGCAGAAGAAAUUGAUUUAAGGUUUUGCUUCAGAGUAAUCACUCCCAUGAAGGCAUACACUUUACAGGCAGAGACAGAGGCUGACCAAAAGGACUGGAUCGAGAAAAUAACGGGAGUUAUUGCAUCACUGCUGAAUUCGCCAUUCUCGCAGCAGAUGCCACACGGAAAUCCAGGGGCAGACCGUCAUGGUGCUGCAAGUUCCAUUGAUUCUGCAUUUGUUGAAGAGAGCAAAAUUUCAGAGGCACACAAUGAUGCACUCAACCAUCUUAGGAAUAUCCCUGGAAAUGAUAGUUGUGCAGAAUGUCGUUCUCCAGAUCCUGAUUGGGCAUCUCUGAACUUGGGUAUUCUUAUUUGUAUUGAGUGCUCUGGGGCUCACAGGAAUCUUGGCGUCCAUAUUUCAAAGGUUCGAUCCUUGAGAUUGGAUGUGAAAGUAUGGGAACCAGUAAUUAUUGAUUUAUUUUGUGCACUCGGAAAUGAUUACAAUAAUUCCAUUUGGGAAGCUCUGCUUCCAAAAGAAGAUCAAGGAAUGGAUGAGUCAAAUAGUGCUAUUUUGUUCAUUGAAAAGCCUAAACCUACUGAUGCUUUCUCAAUUAAGGAAAGGUACAUACAAUCAAAGUACAUGGACAAAAUUCUUGUUGCCAAAGAUACCAAUGAAACUACUAUGGCUAUAUUGGAAGCUAUAAGGACAAAUGAUGUGAGAGCAGUGUAUCGCAUUCUUGUGUUGGCUGACAUGAGCCCUAACAUGACACAUGAUGACUUGAACAACGAUGUUUACCAUGUUCUGCCAGUUACAGACAAGAAGUUACUCGAUCCAGCCUCUUGUGGAAGAAUAGAGGAUGGAAAACCGGAAGGUUGUCUGCAAGGCUGUUCCUUAUUACACUUAGCAUGCCAAUAUGGCCAUUCUUUACUGGUGGAGCUUCUGCUACUUUUUGGCGCGGAUAUCAAUAAGCAGGACUUCCAUGGACGGACACCAUUGCAUCAUUGUGUCCAGAAGAGUAAUGAUGCCCUCACCAAGCAUCUGCUGAAGAGGGGUGCAAGAACAACAAUUAAAGAUGGCGGGGGGCUGACUGCUUUAGAGAGAAGAAUGGAAUUAGGAGCAAUAACAGAUGAAGACUUGUUCAUAUUAUUUGUGAGGUGAUGUCGCUGAAGAAAGUACGGUGUACCGUUGUAGCCUUAGCAAUCAAAGCUCGUGUGUAUCUGAAAGCGUUGUACCACCUGUUUUAGCUUCUGAAAAUGAAUACACCUGUAUAUCAGCAGAUGAGCCAGAUUUACCGACGAUUACUGUAUCUGACCUUCCAGCGUUCCACGUCGCUCCUUUGUACAACAACUAUAGGCUAGGUAUAGCAUACAUCGUUACAUUUAUUUAUGGAAAUAUGAUUACCGAGUUUAUAAGAUUUCAUUACAUUUAUUUAUUAAAAAUGUAUGAUUGCCGUGUUUAUCUGAUUUCAUUACAGAUUACAGUUGUUA